AUGUACCACCAUAAUGUUUUCCCAGUCUCGAUUGUACUUCUCAUCGCAGCUAAUCUUCUAAUACCUGUCGCAAUCCUCCUCUUCGCUGUUGGUUUCUUUCCUUAUAAACCAUUCUUGCCUGGUCUAGCCGAAUACCAACCUAUCGAUUAUGGCUCGCCACCUGAAGCGCCGUUCGAUCGUCUAAUAUUCAUGGUUGUCGAUGCUUUGCGCAGCGACUUCGUAUAUCUAAAUGGCUCUGGCUUCGAGUUUACUCAAAGGCUUAUUCAAAAUGGAGUUGCCAUUCCCUACACCGCUCGUGCUACGUCGCCGACUAUCACGAUGCCUCGGAUAAAAGCGAUUACUACUGGUUCUACGCCUUCCUUCCUCGAUGCGAUCUUGAGUUUCGACGAAGCCGACACGUCUUCGACGCUCUCUGUCCAGGACACUUGGCUGGCUCAGAUGAAAGCAAAAAAACCAGGGAAGCUAGUUAUGUACGGUGAUGAUACGUGGCUAAAAUUAUUCCCCGGUGUUUUCGAUCGAGCGGAUGGCACUUCGAGCUUCUUCGUCUCCGAUUUUACGGAAGUCGACAACAACGUGACAAGGCACAUCCCUGACGAGUUGCGCAACGAUGAUUGGAAUACAAUGGUUCUCCAUUACCUCGGCCUUGAUCACAUUGGUCAUAAAACCGGCCCUCGGGGCCCAAAUAUGAUUCCGAAGCAGCAGGAGAUGGAUGGAAUUAUUCGCCAAAUAUACGAGGCAAUGGAGACGCAACCACAUCUUCAUUCGACACUUCUUGUUUUCUGUGGUGACCAUGGUAUGAAUGAUGCUGGUAACCAUGGAGCCUCUUCUCCCGGAGAAACUUCAGCCGCCCUCGUGUUUGUAUCACCUAAACUGAAGUCCAUCGCAAAUCCCGUCAAAGUGCCAGCAGAUUUCGUCGAUGAUUUCCAGUAUUACAAUGUCGUAGAGCAGUCUGAUCUGGCCCCUACUCUUGCCGCUUUGCUCGGCUUUCCGAUACCCAAAAAUAAUCUAGGCUCGUUUAUGGUAGACUUUCUACCUUUUUGGCCAGAAAAACGAGAUAGGCUCCAGAUUCUUGUGCGUAAUGCAAGGCAGAUCCUCGAUAUUGUCACCGCAAGCUUUAGUGGUUCGUCAUCAGUUGGUAGAACCCCCAACCUUGAUUGUGUUCACCCUAGUUCUGGGGCUGAAGAAUUGGCCUGUGAAUGGCAGCAAAUUAGCAAAAUAACCGAAACUACCUCAAGCGGGGGAAAUCCAGGUGAAGAGCAGAUAAUGGAUGUGUCAAAGUGGUUAUCAAGGGCGCAGACUUUAAUGAGCGGCAUGGCGAGCAAUUAUGAUAUGUCAAUGCUCAUCUACGGCGAAGGGGUAGCGGUAGCGGCCUCCGUCGCGGCGGUAUACACCGUAGUAACUUCAUCUUCCGUAACAGCUUCUAAAUUCGCACCACUUGUACUCAUCACGGUGCUAUAUAGCAUAAUGAUGUUUGCCAGUAGUUAUGUUGAGGAAGAGCAACACUUUUGGUAUUGGGCUACUUCUGCGUGGUUAUUCUAUCUCGCGAUCAGGUCGAGUUCAAGGGCGACGUAUAAGUCUUUCCUCAUGGGCUUCAUUGCGCUUGGCGCUAUGCGGUUGACUCGAGGAUGGAACCAGACUGGGCAAAAGUUUGCCGGUGAGCCCGAUAUCGUGACUGGUUUUAUGGCAUCAAAUCCGCAACUACUCUGGUCUCUUACCCUCACGACAUGCGCGCCUCCGGGUAGAAUCAUGUGGAGGCGUACCUAUAUGUUUCUGGUUCUGGUACGACUAUGGCUCGCUUUUUCGCCGAGCUAUUUGCACCCAGAUGAAAAUUUCCAAGGUCCUGAAGUUAUAGCAGGUCAAAUCUUCAGCUACCCCGUCCGACUAACUUGGGAAUUUACGAGCGAUAAUCCCAUACGUAGUGUUUUCCCGCUAUGGCCGGUUUACGGACUGCCCAUGCUUCUACUGAAGUGGUUAUGGGAGGGUAUUGGGAACGAUGGCGAAAUACCACCGAUCACGGUAUUCUGGACGUUGCGAGUGCUGAUGUUUGUUAUCAGCUUCGUCCUGGAGGAUUGGGCUAUUCAUGAGCUAGUUCAGUCAACGCGACAUCGCAACACUGCCUUAUUGUUGGUAGGAUCAUCCUACGUGACCUGGACUUUUCAAACGCAUACUUUCUCUAAUUCGAUCGAGACCCUUGUCGUUAUGUGGUGUCUAGUGCUCGUUGAGCGCAUUCUCGAGGCUUCGGCACAAACCUCCGCCCUGGCGGCGUCGACGGUACUUGGUGUUGUAGCCGUAUUUGGUGUUUUUAAUAGGAUAACGUUUCCUGCAUUCUUGCUUAUUCCUGGAAUUCGAUUGAUACCCCAUUUUAUACAUAGACCUUUAUCCCUUGUCACCAUGGCAGCGUCAGGGCUCUUUACAGUUUUUAUUGCUAUCUCUCUUGAUACAGCUUUCUAUACACCGCACUCUAUUACGUGGUUAGAUCUCUACCGUAAUCCUGUUGUUACGCCUUUAAAUAACCUGCAAUACAACCUCUCUCCCUCAAAUUUAGCAGAGCACGGAUUGCACCCUUGGUACCAACAUCUCUUAAUAAACCUCCCGCUGCUUAUAGGGCCUGCUGUGGCUCUUUUGUUCACAAAACCACACCUGUCGCUCAGACUGUAUUCGGCGAUAUCAGGGGUGUUGGUUCUAUCCAUCUUUCAACACCAGGAAGCACGAUUCUUGCUGCCAACGGUACCCCUUUUGCUCUCGUCCUUAAAGCUUCCGAAGAAGUCGACGCAUCGAAAAAUCUGGAUUUCUGCCUGGGUUGGCUUCAAUAUGGUCCUUGGCCUUCUUAUGGGGGUAUACCAUCAGGGUGGUAUCGUACCAGCUCAGGUAUUCUUGAGCAAACAACCAGACGCAACACAAGCGAUAUGGUGGAAAACUUAUAUGCCGCCAAUAUGGCUUCUGAAUGGUAAGAACGAGGUUCUGAAGACUAGGGACGUAGCGUCGAUAGAGGGACCCCUACUAUUUGAGGAGUUGACGCGGAUAGCGACCUGUGACACACCAGCCGACCGUAGGAGCCUUGAAUAUCUCAAGGAGCCAAACGGCACAUACUUGAUCGCGCCGAUCUCAUCGACGUGGCUCGAUCCAUAUUUAGACAACAAGGGUUUAGAGGGGCUACGGUUUCGGGAGGUUUGGCGGCAUAGCAAGCAUUUAAACUUGGAUGACUUAGACUGGGCGGAAGACGGGUUUUGGCCUACACUGCAAAGAGUAGUUGGUAGACGAGGUUUGGCGGCUUGGAGGGUUACUAAGAGUUGCGGUCCACCACUGCGGUAG